AUGGAUUCUACAGAUUUUACAGCAUUACCACUACCUGAAGAGCUGAAGUUCUUCCUAUAUGAUUCCUGCAACUCAGAGUUACCCUUCACCAGCAAUCCUCAGGUAAGCUUGAAUUUAGAUUCCAGUCCUAUAAACAGUGCAGUUUUCAGUUUGGAUCCCAUGGUCUCUUUUGAAGAUUUGGAUUUUCUUGAAACCCAAUUGGAUUUUAGAAGUAAUGCCGAUUCAACUCAAGAUUUGAUUUUCCCGGAAAAUGAGAAUGUGGGUUUUAAUGGGUUCUCUGAGUUCAAUCUCAUACCUCAAAACCCAAUUCAGCAACCCCAUAUUGAAGAUCAGCCGACGAAGGCCGGCAAAAACAAGGAUGAAAUUCCCACGGUACCGGUUGAACUAAUACAGAACAAAAGGCCAUUCAAGUGCUCCCAGCUUGGCUGUGACAAGACAUUCAAGAAUCCACAGACCCUCAAAAUCCACCAGAGGACCCACUGCACCGACGAACCCACCAUUGUUUCCCGGCAACUGAAAGCUGGGCAGAACAAGAAAGUCCCAUGCAGGUGUCCUUUAUGUGGCCGCAGCUUCGUGGGUCUCUAUGAACUUCGCCGGCAUUUUGGCCGGAAGCACUCAGAGGGGGAGAAGUUGUACAACUGCAGGAAAUGUGGGAAGAAAUUUUAUGUGGAAGUGGAUUUAAGGGACCAUGAGAAGCUGUGUGGAGAGCGCGUUGGAUGCAAAUGUGGGUUGAAAUUCGCCUUCAAAUGUAACCUCUCAGCUCAUAAGAGAACCCACCCAGAAUGCGUGGAAGCACCAGCCAAAGGUUUGGGCUCAAGCAGCUCUCCAAAGGGUUCGAGUUCAAAUGGGUUGAUCGGUGGGAAGUUGGAAAAGAUCUUGGGUCUUGGUUCUCGUGGAGCUCGGCGUAGCUUUGCAACCCAUGACACUGUGAACAAAUAG